GCGCAGCGGUGACGGGGCGGGGGGGGUCUCCAGCAGCGCCCCCGGACGGAAAGCGGCUACUCGGCGGGCGGCACGUGUGCGGCCUCCUGUGCCCGGGGCAGCCGGGAGCGGCGGCGCCCGGCCCCGCAGCAGCUGCGCCCGCUGAGCGGGGUGGUCGACAAUAAAAGUUGCCAAAUGAUGAGGAGAACGCUGUUCUGCUUGGUUUUGGAAACGCAGAAACUCAGCGCGUGAUAGCAGCCGAGUAGCCUAGCCAUAGGUGCGAGGAAGGCGCUUCGGCGUAUGUGGAAACGCGUGUCGAGGUUGUUGGGUUAAAUAGGAGGGUGCCUGCGCGCCCCUGACCUGAGCAGGGUUGCAUCACUGAAGGGUGCAAAAAUCAGGAAGUGUGAUCGGUUGGCUUGCUGGGCCGGGAAAGCGGAGCGCCCUGGGCAGGUUAACCAGUAAUGGUAAGGACAGGUAGGAGCGAUCUGGGAACUUUAACGUUUCUUAAUAUCUGUAAAACUGUGCUGCGUUCGGUAAGCGAUCCGAGUUGCCUCCUGCUUCGCUGUGCCGGCCGCUGCACCGUCCUGAGGUCACGCAGGCAGUGAUCCUGAAAAGGAAGAAUACUGUGUAGGGUAUUUGUAGGCAGUCCUGUUGGACAGGAAAAUAAUCAAGGGUUUCUAGUAACUCUUCUGCAGCUUUUAAGAUACUCAAGAUUAAAGAAUUGUACAUUAUAGAUCCUUUUGGAAGUAUAAUACUACAGCAACAACAACAAAAAUCAGUCAACUUCUAGUUUUACCAUUUUAUUUGAGGCUUAAUGGAAAAGAUUUUGUGCUGUAAAUAACUGUCCUGUUAAAAAUUAUUUAGCAGCUCUGGAUUGGUUUUGGGAGGACACGGUAGUCUUCAACAACGACCUGAGCAUUUCUAGGUGGGAGGGAGGGAGAUGGAAAUCUGGAUUUCAGCCCUCUCUUACAUGUAGUAACUAACCUUUGUCUGUCUUGCUUAUGGGGGAGGGGGGAAUUGGGCGGCAGGAACUCAUUUGUUUGUUUGAUUUGGAUGGAAGUUUUUGGCAGUUAGAAAAAAUAAUCUUACUGCUGUCUCAGAGAAGACCCAGGCAAAGCAGUAGCAAAAAGCAAAAUGGAAGGAGAUGCUUUGGGCGCUGUUCACAGUCUGGCUUUAAUUGGCUUGCAGGAGUGGUGUUUAUGCAUAAUCAUUAGCAUAGCGUUCCUGAACAAUAAGCUUAGUGAUUAUUUUGCCUUUUUAUUUUUUUUGCCCCUUAUGUGGCCUGUAGCUUGGCAAUUACAAUGAUAAAGGAGGUUCCAUCGCUAAUUCUCUGGGAAAUUCAAGAUGGUUUCACCUGAAUCAUUAUCUGUGAAGUCUGCCCGAGUUGCUUAUGCUCUGCACAGAUCAGAUGAUUAUAUAUGGUCUUGGCUGCUAGCAUUUACAGCUAUGAAAUUCUAUUUAAAAGAAGUUAAGAAUACUGGAUAUUGCUCUUUAGACUUAAAUAUUUGACAAUUAGAGCAGUUCAAAGUUUAACAACCUCUCAUUCAUAGUAAUAAAUACAUAAAGGUAGGCAGUGUACAGAAUUUGAGAAAUAAAGAUUGUUCAAGAUACUGUGAAGAUAUGAAAUGUGAAAUAUAAAACUGCUUUGAAGUCUCAUAUCUGGCUUUGUCAAGAUUUAAAAAAGGUAAAGCUCGCAAGGCUCCUCAUUUAGUGUUUUUAAAAUGCAAGUCUGUAAUGUGACUUCACUUCAAAAUCUUGUUUAGAAAAAGGUUGAUUUUCUCUUUUCAGUACUAUUCCAUAAUAUUGCUUUCCAUAAUCAUGAUAUUUAAAAAUUGACAUUUUAAUGUCAGAAUGCUUAUAGAAGCACAGAAACUUUCCUAUAUAUACGCACACUAAACAAUGUCUAUAGACAGUAUUGUUAGAACAAAAUGAAGUGUCAGCAAUUUUGCUAAUUUUGAGUGAAAAUACUGGCUUGCCCUGAACUUGCCUUGCCUUAUUGCUUGGGGGGAAUAAAUUGUUCUUGACAUGUUCGAUGUAUUACCACAAUGAAAGGAAGACGUAAGCUAUCUGCAAACAUUAGCAAAUUUAUAAAGAAAAAAUCCAGGAUUUGUGGGUUACUGUUUUAAUAAACAGAUAACCUUAGUUUUUCACUGAAGAUACUAGGACAAUAUUAAAAACUUAAUGUAGGAGCUGAUAUGGCCCUUGCAGUCAGUGUUCUUGCAGCAGGAAGGAGCUGCUGGUGCUGUCUCUUCAGCACUGCUGCUUUGUUUCAGCUUCUGCAAAAGCAUUUAUUCUGCAUGGAUUCCUUAGUUUGUCUCAGUUUUUUUCCAGCUUUUAUCUCUUACUGCCAAGAAAGAGAAGUGAUGGAAACCCAGACAGUUCCUUCAGCUUGCCCUGUAUCACUGUCAUACUAAUCCAUUCAUACUUGAGGUAAAUGUAUACCUUGUUAAUCCACCUGUAUUGCAACUAAUCCUGCUUGUGAACGGUUAUUUAGGCGUAGUAAGGAGUUGGCACUUACUUCAGUACAAAUGAAGUGGCCUGUGACACUAGGGCUCAUGAAAUGAGCCACAUAAUUUUUGGCAUUAUUGCUGAAAAUACCAAUGUAUGGGGUGGGGGUGGCAGACAGGGAGGGCAGGUGGAAGGAUGACGAAGGCCUGUUUGGGUUUCAUGAGGGAAAAGUUUUGUUUCUCUGGUCCUGGAAUCUGGUUACAGGCUAGAUGCUGACUAGUGUUGGGGAAGCUGUCAGGUGCUUUUAACAUCAGUUUGCUUUUGCUAAUGUUACUCUGCUGUUAGCAAAACCACUGAACAUGAAGGAUUAGAGAAGCUUGAGAAAGACUGUGCAGCAUCUGUUUGUGUGUUCUUGGCACAUACCAAGGGGUUUUAACUUUAAAUUUUUGCGGAACUGCCGGAAUGAUGUUCCUACAUCCUGUGAAUGCAUUUACCUGUCAGUGUUUCUUGCUCUAGGAAAUACUGCUUUGCUACCAGGUGAGAAUUCAGUAGGAAAUUAGGUUCUUCAGCAAUCCAUGAAAAUAAAGGGAAGUAAAAAUUGCAUUUUCAAUUAAAAAUUCAUUCUUUAUAUUGAUGUAGAAGCAGCAAGUGAGGGUGCAGAAAGCUCAAAGUUAUGCACUGUGUUACAGGUGUAUGUUUCCUUUGAUAGGAAGGUAUGGUGGCCAAUUAAUCUAGGAUGGCUGAAGUGGGUACUACCUGCAAGCUUUAGUUGCUGCCCAGUUUCUGUGGCAGGGACAGCUGUGAGAAAUGUGUUCCAGCUGCUUCAGUUUAUUGUACACUGCUUCCUGCUGUCCCUCUCCACGCGUAGCAAUUUUGGGGGAGAGACAAGGUGGAUAAAUACUGUGUUAAGUGCUUAAGUUAGAAGAGGUCUUUGGUUUCCCUUGAGAGACCAAUCUUGCAAGUCACUUUCAGGUAACUUCCCCAUUUUGCAGGCAAAAAUCUUUUCCUCUAGUUUUGCCCUUUUAUGCUGAUCUGUGUUUAAGUCCUUUCCUCAGUGUUAAUGCUUCUGGGCUUGUAUUCUUCCUUAGUUAUCUGUGGCUCAGCUAAACGAUAACUCUUCUGUGAAAGAGAACUCUUAAGUAGCUCUUGCAUCCUGUUUAAUCUUAGUCAUACUGAGGUUUUCUUAACUCAGCAUAGAUGUAUUCUAGGAACGGUCUCGAUUGUGGGCAGUUGACGGAAGCAUUUUUUUAAGCAACCCCCAGAAAAAUUUCUACCAGAUGGCAAGUGAAUGUGCAUACAGCUUUACACUGCCAGUUAUCAUUGAAUUUACUUCAGUACCUUAGUCUGAAAUGUUUCCCUCUUAAUGUAUUACUCUGGUUACUUUCCCUGGACCUGUUAAUUUGAGUCUUCCUAGUAAUGUUCUUCUCUACCAGAGUUUAAAAAAACAAAACCCAAAACCAGCCCAUGCCUCUGUGUUGCUGCUUCGUAUUUAAAUGGUUUUUGCAAUGUAUCACUGAAUAUUUGCAUGAGUGUCCUGUGCUUCUUGCUUUCUCUCCAACAUCAUUGGUAAAAUCAGAUGAUGGCAUGGUCACUUCAGAGUGACAUGUUGUCACUCCUGAUUUGCUUAGUUCUUAGUCUUGGUUCAGUUAAUAUGUGUACAUAUAUGGAGGUGCUUUAGUGUUUUCCUAAAGAAGGUAGUGACUUGCAUGAUAGAUUUUUUGGGGGUAGUUUUUUUUUUCCCCUUGCUUGUUUGUUUUUCAUAUUUGCAUAGAACAUGCUACUAAGUCAGUGUGCUGGAAGCCCUUCCCCUACCCCCAUGUGAUUCAGUAGCCAUACAGAUGUGGGAGAUAGUCUUGUAUUAAAAGACAUUUGUAACAUCUGCAUGCUGAAACUCCCAUGCAGAUAGGAUAUAUGAUCUUGAAAUAGCUGUCUCUUUCUUGAAAGUGCAGUUGUAAUGGCUCCGGGAAGUCACGUAAACUCUGAGCAGAACACUUAGCCUCCUGAACCCUUGAGGAUUAAAUCUUCCAGGAUUUUUGUUUACGAAAUUUAGCAUCCAUUUCCAUCCAAACAAGUUGCUUUUUGCUACUAAAAACGUCAGUCUUAGAGGGACUGUCUUUCCAGUUUUCCAAUGACUUCAGUUACUGUAGGUUGAAUGUUGUUUCUAUGCUACAUUGUGCUGCUGCAUUUUUAGAAUAACUUCAGUGAGACUGAAGGCUUAAAAAAAUGGAGGUUAAUUAGCAACAGUGUAUUUGCAGUGGUGUUUUCUCAACAUUGGAUUGUGUUGUAUGUAUUAUGGACCUUGUGCUGGGUUGAUAUUCAGUGUUAAAUAUGUGGCAGUUUAAGUGGUUAUGUUUGAGUUUUAAACAUCUGAAAUUAAAACUGUAAUUUCUGAGCAUGUAACUGAUCAUUGAGAUAAUUAGGAUAGCAGUGGCCACAUUUUUAGAUAAGGUCAUGUUUGCCAUCUGCAGGGCUCAGAAAAUAUUAGUAGGGUGACUAGAUGGUAUAUUAAGUGAAGCUACUAUUUUCAAAUGCGUAGAUCUAGAUUUGAAUUAAAUAAUGAAUGAAAAUAAAUCUGACUGAUAUUCUUCCAUGAAACUUAUGUUGAAGUAAUGUUCAGAAAUGCCAUUCCUUUUUUCCCUCAUGAGGGCAGUCAAGCAGGGGAACAGGCUCCUGGAGAGGUUGGGCAGGCUCCAUCCUUUGAGGUUUCCAAGACCAGCUUGGAUAAAGCCCUGAAUGACCUGGUCUGAUACCAGAGCUGACCCUGCUUGGAGCAGGAAGUUGGACUGCAGACCUCUGGAGAUUCCUUCCCACCUGAAUUAUCCUGUGAUCCCAGCUUAGGACCUGGUUAUGCUAAGUGUUCAGGUGUUACGCAGACAGAAGGGUGUGUUACACUGUCCCUAAUCCACUCUCUCAAGGUCGUCCUGGCGGCUAAAAAGUCUUUCUUAAAGUAAUGCCCACAGAAGUAACUUCAGCUGAUGUUACGCUGUCGGUGUCUAGUCUCCAUCUGAGACAGAUCUACCUGUCUCUUUUGCAAGCCCUUUCUCUAACUUAACUAGAUUUUGUUAAUCUAGUUGCUGGUUUAGAUUCAUUAUGUUGAUAAGCUUCCACUCAAACAGUCUCGCUAAUUGUCAGAUAACACAUACUUUAGGUAGAAAUGGAAAUGAGUAUGCAGAAAAGAAGAAUAAAAACAAAGAUGGUACCUGGAGGAUGUGUUAGUCUAAUGAAGCCAAAAAUUCUAUAGAGAUGCAGCAGACAUUUAGAAGAGAUUCAAACAAGAGUUGUCUUUUGAAGAUGAGGGGGCUUAAUGAACAGGCAGAUGGAGCAGAAGGUGGCUAUUUGUUUCCUAAUAUUACUGGGACUUGAUAAUAAAGAUUCAGAUUGAGAAUCCUGCAGGAUGGGUGAGCAGAAACAAGUGAAUUAUCACAUCACUGCAGAAAUUUGAAGAAUAUUGCAAUCCUGAAAGAAGGAAACACUGCAGAGGAUAUGUUUCAUAGAAGACCAAAAAAAAAGUGAAGAAAAAAAAAAACCUCAAGGCAUUUACAGUAGAGCUGUGACUGAGUGAACUUGAAGUUUGUGGAGUCCCUAAUGCCAGGUUAAUUCUCACAUGGAUCAGAGAGCCAAAACUGAGGACAAGACCGCAAGGAAAUCCUGGCUUAGUUUUAGAGGUAGCUGUUGGAAUUUACCAAGCUGCAGAAUAAAAUCACUUAAAAUUGUGGAAGGAAAAGAGUGAUAACGACUAUUUUAGUGAUGGGCAAUGUCACUUGAACCUUUCAUGAUCCUUGCAUUAUGUUUAAGUCCUUUAGAUGAGUGGGUGGGAUGGAGAUGAGGGGCAGAGUUCUCUCCCCCUUUUUUUUUUGCUGUUUCUCCCCACAGUCCUAUGCAUGGUAAGACUAGGAAAUGUCCUUGAGGAGUUUCGUUCCACUGUGGAGCCUGUGCUGAGAUUUCCUACCCCCGUAGAACAACUUCCUUCCAUUCCCCCCACAGCUGGCUCCACCGGGAGGAGAGUUAUCACUGGCCAAGGCUAGGCCAGGAUACUACAGUCCUCACUGUCCCUCCUGCUGGAGCAGAGAGAGGUGAUGGAGCUGCCGUCCUUCUAACUUCGAGGCAAGCAGAGGCCGAUGGAACUGAGUAAUGUGGAGGAGAAGACAAAACCCGAUGUCUUAAACUAUGGAUGGUGAUAGCUCUACAACAGAUGCUUCUCAGUUAGGAAUUGCUGGAGAUUAUAUUGGCAGCAGUCACUAUGUGAUACAGCCUCAUGAUGACACAGAAGACAGCAUGAAUGAUCAUGAAGAUACAAAUGGCUCAAAAGAGAGUUUUAGAGAACAAGAUAUAUAUCUUCCAAUUGCAAAUGUGGCGAGGAUAAUGAAAAAUGCCAUACCCCAGACAGGAAAGAUUGCUAAGGAUGCAAAGGAGUGCGUACAAGAGUGUGUAAGUGAAUUCAUCAGCUUUAUAACGUCAGAAGCAAGUGAGAGGUGUCACCAAGAGAAAAGAAAAACGAUCAAUGGAGAGGAUAUUCUCUUUGCCAUGUCUACCCUGGGAUUUGAUAGCUAUGUUGAACCUUUGAAGUUGUACCUCCAAAAAUUCAGAGAGGCAAUGAAAGGAGAGAAAGGAAUUGGAGGAACAGUUACAACUGGAGAUGGUCUAAGUGAGGAGCUCACAGAGGAAGCAUUUACUAACCAGUUGCCAGCAGGCUUAAUAACUACAGAUGGCCAACAGCAAAAUGUUAUGGUUUAUACAACGUCUUAUCAACAGAUCUCUGGUGUUCAACAAAUUCAGUUCUCGUGAUUUGAAGAAAACUUUGGAUCUGGAAACGUCAGACAAAAGCUGUGCAACUGUAACGAAGAGACAGUUUUAAUGACUGGUGAAGAGAUUUAUCUCUUUGUAUAUUAAUAGCUGUAAUGUAGCUACCUGAAGCUUGACUAAUUGAGGUGUGAAUUCUGACUCAAAUCUUUUUCAUGAAUGAUUUUAAAAAAAUUGGAUUUUAAAGGUAUUAAAGUAUUUUUGUUUUGUACAAGAGUUUGUUGCUCUGUAUAACUCCUGUAUGCAUUGUAUAUUGCAAUUUAUUACUGUCAGAGAUUUGUAGACAGUUUCUUAUUUUCAUAUUGAAUCAUGUUACUUUUGUAAUUCAGGUAAACAGCUGGGUUAAUUCAUGUUUACCCUUUGAAUAAAAUUGCAAGGGUAAAGUUCAUUUUUGAAUGCAAGUUGCCUUUAUUAUAAAGAUUGAGUUGGUCUUGGUUAUGUAAUUUGUCUUGCAUGACAACCUCAACUAACUUUACAUGUCAUUGUAUUUAUUGAAAUUUUGAAAGGGACUUUCUCAUGAAACUAGCAGCUCAGAAGAAUUGCUACCACUGUUUUUUAUGUAAUGUUAGAAUUAAAAAAUAAUCCAGAAACAAACAAUUGUUCUGUUACAUCUAGAAGCUUAGAGCUCUAUCAACAGUGUUAAUUAAAACACUGUGUAUGAUGCAGGUCUUCAUUUCAUUUUUUUUUUUUUUUCAGUCUCAUUAACUCUCCUUAGACUUAUUCUGUUAUAUUUAAGGUAGUCUUUGUGCUACUGAAAUGACUCUUCCUUUUUACGUAUCUUUUUUAGAAUCCAAACCUUCGAAUUCAACUGUAGUGGGGGGGAGGGGGAUUUUAUAGUUCUUGUGGUAAAAGACCUCAUUUUAACUUUUUACUGAAAUGUUUUAAGGUUUCUUGUGAGACUAUGGGAACUAAAAUGUGUUAGCAGCUUUCUCUGUACAGGCUGCGUGCAUGUGCGAGUGACUGAAACUUUGAACGAGUGAUAACAAAUCUGAAAUGAAAGACUCAGACCUCUAGUUUGCUGUCUCUUUCCUGGUUUUGCAAUAAACUAUACCUAGAUAAUGUA